GUUUUCGACGCAUGUCUAUAUAAGAGCUCCUGUGAUGAGAGAUUAGUUGAGUUGGAAGAUGCUACAGAUUUAUUGAGAAAAGAAGAUACUCACAGUCUCCAUCUUAGAGGAAUCCUGUUCUGACUGCCCUGCAGCCUCCUGAUCAGUCUGUCUGAACCGGACGACGGGGCGGGGCGUUGGUGUCACGUCAUAUCAGCCGCCGCGCUCUGAUUGGCUGCCGCCUCUCACCAGACACAGCUGAGAUUGUUUUCUGCAGUGGAAGUCCUGGUUCUUUUUGGGGUACGAGCUCUUUUAGCUGUAGAAUGAAGCAACGCUGUGUGUUUACUAAAUAUGAUGUGAACAAACGACGUGACGGCUGUCCUUGUCGGAAACAGCAGGAAAGCAAAACGGGGAUCGUGGCUUAACUCGAAUGAGCUGGAGUGCAGGUUUCGUUUUGGACCAGACACUUAAUUCAUCUGGAGAUCAACAAGCUCAGAAGUGCCAAAUGCCCAGACUGGAGGACCACUACUGGAGCUGUCCUUGUUCACCAAAAGCUAAAACUAAAGAUUCAUUUGGCGCCAGCUGGUUCGCAUCUAAAGCUGAAGAAAUGAUGUCCAUCAUCACCAAGGUGCUCAGCACUGCCUACGGCUCCCUCCACCACGGCAGGACCACCAACCUGAUCCGAAGGGGUCUCGUCCUCUUCACGGUUGGGGUCUUCCUCGCCCUGGUGCUCAACUUGCUGCAGAUACAAAGAAAUGUCACCCUUUUUCCAGAGGAGGUGAUGACAACUUUGUUUUCGUCUGCCUGGUGGAUCCCGCCAUGCUGCGGUACAGGAGCAGCUGUUGUUGGCCUGCUCUAUCCCUGCCUCGACAGCCAUUUGGGGGAACCGCACAAGUUCAAGAGGGAGUGGGCAAGCGUCAUGAGAUGCAUUGCAGUGUUUGUUGGCAUCAACCAUGCUAGUGUUAAACUAGACUUUGCCAACAACGUGCAGCUGUCCCUCACACUGGCGGCCUUGUCUUUGGGCCUCUGGUGGACAUUUGACCGCUCCAGAAGUGGGUUUGGUCUGGGCAUCACCACGGCCUUCUUAGCUACCAUCAUCUCACAGCUGCUGGUCUACAAUGGAGUUUUUCAGUACACAUCUCCAGACUUUUUGUACGUGCGUUCCUGGCUCCCGUGUAUUUUCUUCUCAGGCGGCGUUACUGUGGGAAACAUCGGACGCCAACUUGCCAUGGGUGGGUGUGAGAAACCCCACAUGGACUGAACUCCAGCAGAAAGACGUACAACGAGGUAAAAAACGGAUGAAAAUAGAGACGGUUUGGUUUUCGGAGAGAGGGGUAUGAUGACCUGAGAAAAGAAGAGACUCAUAGUUUCGACUACAUCCUUUUGGAUCCUCAAAGUCCAUCGUCUAACGUGCCAUGUCCUCUGAACCUGUUUGUGGCCAAACAACUCCUCAUUUAUCUCUGUCGGCAUUAAGACUUCCUUCACACGAGACAAGAAGACGGGGUUCGCCUUUUCUUUGAGUGUUUUGAUUUUCAGUGACUGUUUUUGGUCUUGGCUAGAAGACGUGAUGAGACUGAUGUAUUUAAAUUUUUCUCUUGUUAGACUUAGAAUCAUAAAAGGGAAAUGUCUGCUGGUACAAAAAACCUCAUCACUCUUACGUGGAGUCGUAUUUAGUGGCAUCACCGGGGAGUGCUACGUUCCCAUUUAAACCAAAACAAAGUAUUUUUUGUAAGUUUUCAUAAACCUAAAGCAUGUGUGUGUGUGUGUGUGUGUAAACAUUUUGAGAAUUAUGUUGCUUUCUUUAAAUUACCCUUUUUUAUAUAUAAAUUUAAAAUGAGGUGGACAAUAAUUAAACAAAAAGUGACAGUACUGUAAAAGUUCUGAACAUUUCUAGGUACUUUGUAGGUAUAGAUAUUUUUUUAAGUCAAAAGAUUAUUUCAGUGAAUAUAUUUAGACUUAAAAAUCUCCUUUUUUUUUAAAAAAAUUCUAGCUAUUUUUAAGAUCAAUACAAAAACACACAAAAGUGCUGUAGUUUCCCGUUCUGUAACAAAGUUGAAACUGAAUUUCAUUUGAGCCCUCGUCGGUCGACUGUGAGUAAAUACUGAUGCUAUAUUGCUGGUUUCUUGCAUCAGACCAUAUAUGCUCACAGAAGUUGGCCCCCGAGGAGAGCAACCUGCAGCUGGGCCCCUCUUAAAGUUCUUAAUGCAGAACGGCAGCUUUAACUGCGAUUUGGCUCAGCUGCAGAUGAUAAAACUGGCCUUUUUUGGAGGGUUUAAAAAGCAGAAGUAACACAUUGUUGGCUGAGUAACUGCAUAAUCAGGGAUUUUGGGGGGGGAAGAAAGCAAAUUGUUUCUCAAAAUGUUUCUGUAGAUUUUGAUAAGUGGAGUAAAGUAAAAAUGGGGUGGCUGUAAAAAAAUAAAUAAAUAAAACAAAGCACACUGCAUCAAUUACAACAGAAAAAUCUGUAUUUACCAACAGGUCAAGUAUCGUAUUUAGUUCCAGAGUGAGACAAGUGAUUACUCCAUUAGAUUUGUCUCUUUUAAUUCCAGAUAAGAGAAAAAGACCAAAUUUUUUUGGAAGAAAUAGAAACUUGGUUCAGGUGCGGUGCUAUUAUGCAGCAUUAGCUGGGGCUGAAAUGUCCAUUAAAUGUAAACGUGCAGAGAUUUAUUUAAAGCCACUAAGGUGCAAAGAAUGUACCACAAGUAUCCAUUUUUCAUUGAUCUGAUCUAAAUGUCGUCGACCCCUUUGAUUUCCAAUCAUUUUACACACAGUAAAGUAUUCAGGAGGGUAGGGCAUAUUACGUCAAGAUUUGCAAUCUGUGAUUGCCUGUUUUAUAGAAUUUAGUGCUUUUGUCACUAGUUUUUUCUCAUGUGUAUGAUGUCAUGGAUGCUCAAAUGUAAAAUAGCUUUCUGCAAUCGGACCGCUGUUCUGUACCACACUAAGACCUGCAGCAUGUUUGUGUUUAAGGGGGUCUUAAAGAUCAAGUGCAAUCAAAUUAUACAUCUCCUGAUUCUCCUUUUUUAUUUAUUAUUUCUGACAAAGACUAAAAAAAAGUUUGUAAAUGCAGUGUGAGUUGUUAAAUCACGCUAUUUUGUUUUUGUGAACCCGAUUCAGUCAGAUUACAUUAUUGGAGUCAACAGCAAUGACCCUCAGAGAAAGUCUCAUUUCGUAGCAUUGUUAGAGGAAACCUGAUUUAUUUUUUUAAAAACUUCAUCUGCUUUCAUUCAGGUAUGCUGACAAAAGAGGAAACUUUAUUUAUUUUACGCUUUUUGUUGUUUUGUCUUUCUGAGGUGGUGAAGCACCUUUUGUUGUAUUAGUUUUCAGUCUGAGCUGUGUAUGAUUUUUGCUACCUUGAAUUUAAGUGAAAAAUAAAUAAAAAACACUAGACAUGAA